AUGAUGGACAAAUUCUUCGAGAAAUGUCGCCUCUGCAUGGGCUGCGAUAACGUCGAUAUUUUCAUGUUCAGCAAUAACACCUUGCUAGAAAUCAUCAAAUCCUUACUAGAAGUCCAAGUCAACCUCAACGACAACCUGCCGAAGAAAAUCUGUAUGCAAUGCUUCAGAAACAUUGAUCUUUUAUCAAAAUUUAGGAAUAUCGUCAGAGAAACCGAUACCAAGUACAAAAUCCUACUAGCAGCCACUGAGAGUAAUAUCAUAGUAAGUAAUAUUGUAUCUAAUAACUACAUAUCCUCACCGUGUACUUCUACAAGUGAAUCCAUGCAGUCGACAACUGAUUUAACCAUGCAGAACGCUAACAUGUAUAUAAACACUGAAGUCCAGACGGAAACAGGUAUACCGGUGAUAAAAACUAAUCCGCAUAUUGUUAAUUUAAAUCCUAAAAUGGAGACGUUUGCUAUAAUGAAUUCCAUGCCGUAUAACACCAGGAUUAUACAACAAGACCCGGAUACUAUGAGUUUUCAGGCCGAUGGCAGCGUUCUGGUUACCAGCAUACACGGUAUGCAACAAAAACCAACAAACUAUGAGAAUAUUUAUACUUGUACAAGCCAACCUGGUGUGUCCGGUAUGCAAAACGACUUGGUAAAACAACAAUUCACCAACAUACCUAUAACUUACCAGGAUAAUGGUAUGUUAACAGAUCAUAUUAAGCACGAAGGUGGUGGUGAGUAUUUUAUAGAAAAUUAUGUUGAUAAUAGGUUGUUUGCUUACCGGGCGUACCCCCAGAAUGAAAUACCCAACUCACAGACUUCUUUUGAAAGUACUGAACAAGUUGAAGCGAUGGAUCAAAGUGUUACGGACUCCAUGAAGCAGGAUAUUGAUGAUGAUACGACAAGCACUAUGGAUAACGAGCCUGAUUUGCAUGAAGAACCUUUAGAUGAUACUGAGGACGACCCUAAAAUAGACACGACAACAGGUACGCCUCCGCCUGUAGAUACACAAAACUCUGAUGAGCCCCAAAAGUCUCCUAAACCGGUGAAGCCUGUGGACAAAUUCCCUUGUCCCCAGUGCGACUUGGAGUUCACCUCCAACUUAAAACUAUCCUACCACACCAAAAGUGUGCACGAGGAACGUAAAUUCCAGUGCACAGUUUGUGAACGCAAAUUCAUGACUGCACAUCACCUGAAAAUGCACAGUGCUAUGCAUGUGGAAGUCAAACCCUUCCCCUGUGACGAGUGCACAGCAAGUUUCACCUACAAAAAGCUCCUAGAAUCCCACAAACUGACCAAACACAUUGUAAGUUCAGGAGACGCCCAGUUCCCCUUCGCUUGUUCAGUUUGUGAAAUGAAAUUCUCAUCCCGCAACACCUACAACCACCAUGCAAAGAGCCACCGGGGCAACAAAGGACCAUUCCCCUGUGACGUCUGUGGUAAAGACCUGGCCACGAAAGAGAGCUUGAAUUGUCACAAACUGAUGCACACAGGAGAGAAGACUUUGUUGUGUGAGAUAUGCAAUAAAGCCUUUAGUCACAGAAAGUAUUAUGCGGUUCAUAAGAGAGUUCACACCGGUGAACGUCCUUACACUUGUACGACUUGUGGGAAGAGCUUCACGCAAGCUUCAACUUUAACUGUGCAUAAAAGAUAUCACAGCGGGGAGAGACCUUAUAUUUGUUCCAUUUGCGAUAAGGGAUUUGUUACGAGGACUAUUAUGGUAAAUCAUAUGAAGAAACAUUCUACGUAA